AUUUUUCGAUUUUCUUGUCUUUUAAUUGAUCACGCUGGUGAAUAUAUUCAUGAUGAUGCGAAUAAUAAAAAACAGGGAGUGAAACUUCGUCAAUUGGUACAUUUUGCCUGGCCAUGUUUAUUAAGUAAAAAUUGUUUUGAUCCAAUUAGCAAAUAUCAUGGUCAUUUAUUGCUUAGUCAUAUUAUUCGCAAAUUCUCCAUUUCGAAAAGUAUCAUCAUUCAUGUUUUUAUUAGUCUAAUGCAGGCACACACAACAGAAACAAAGCAAGUUGUGAAAGAGGCUCUCGAUAUUUUGAUUCCAAUUUUUCCCCAUCGAAUGGAAAAUGGAUACAGUAAACUUGCACAAUUGACGAGAAAAGUUUUAAUUGAAGAAAGUCAUUCGAGAUUUUCACUUUUACAUUGUCUUCAAUUUGUCGUUAAACAUUUUAAAAUUUAUUAUUCAGUGCGACAUUAUUUGAUUCCUAUUCUUGUGAAUUCAAUAAAGAAAAUUACUGAGAUUUCCAACACGGAGAAUAAGAAAUUAGCCAUUGAUAUUGUGGAAAUGAUUGUUGAAUGGGAAAUUCAGGAAAGAAAUGAAGAAACAAAUAUUAUUGAUGUUGUUGGAAUUGAAUCGACAAAAAUAUUUGACGAGGGAUCAUCAGGAUUUAAACGAAUUGUGUUACAAAAUAAUACUCCAAUAUUCAUGACCAUGGAACCACAAUCAAUGAAACGUGUCGAAAAUUUCUAUAUUGACAAGAUUUUGUAUUUUAUUUUUAAAUUGGCUUGCGAAGUGCAUGAUGUGAAUACUCUACAAGGUGUAAUUGAAGAACAACUUGUAAAACGUUCUGCAAAUAUUCUCAAGAGAAUUUUCAUUUUUGAUAUUUGGUCACAAGAUGGGAAUAAUGUUGAUUUUCGUUGGUUGGACAAUAUUCUUUCAGAAUCGAAUUGUGAAAAAAUUUACAAAGUUUUAGAACUUUUAGCUUUCAUAUUACGAGGAUUGAAUGAGAAAGCGAUAUUCUACAUUUUCAAAAAUUUGGAAAAUGGAUUAUCACUCUGUUUAUUGAGUGAUGAUAAAAAAAUUCUCAAAUUAAUGCAAGAAAUUCUUAUCAAAUUGAUGUGUGUAUUUCCAAUUGAUCCCAUCGUAUCUACAAUAUCUGGAGAAAAAAUGAAAAUUUUAUAUAAAUCUGUGAGGCAAGUUUUAUAUACUAGAUUGAUUGCUUUUGAAAAUAACGAGGCAUCAUUGGAAUCAUUAGCUCCUUGUUUGAUGAUGGCAAAAGCAGUCUACACUAAUAAUGUUAAUUAUCUUGAUCCAUUGAUAAAAAAUAUCGUAAAUGUAUUUCAAAAAAUAGUAAGAUUUCAUCUCGCAGGAGUACGAAAAGAUGAAACGGAGUUAUUCAUAUCUCUUGAUUUAUUAUCGAAUCGGAUUGGAAUGAUGUCAUCAAAUAUAAGACAAUUGUUUCUAAAUUCAUUGUCUGUUUUAAUUGAAAAUACUUCCAGUGUACAAAUUAUCAAAACAAUUUUGAAAAUAUUUAACUAUUGGAUUAAAGAUGAUUCGGAAAAUCAAGAUUCGAUUAAUCAAAAAUCUUCAUUAUUCAUCACGAUGCGGAAAACAAUUAAUCAACACUUCUCUGAUGAUUUGGAAUUGAAAAAUAGUUUUCUUGAAAUUAUCUAUUUGAUUUAUGAAAAUAAAAAAUAUCAAAGAAUAUCAAAGUUAACUUCGGAUUUAGAAGUUGUAUUUCUGGAUGGUCUGCGCUCCAGUCAACCUGAGAUUAGAAUGAAAUUUUUUUCAAUUAUCAACGCAUGUGUUAAACAUACUCUUAAGGAUCGAUUGGAAUACAUUAUUUCUUCAUUUAAUUGGCAAUUGAUGGGCCCUCAUUAUUGGAUCAAGCAGUGUAUUGAAUUUUUGUUGAUCGUCGCUGAUCCAACAACUCGAAUUCAAGUGACAAUGAAAGAUAUUCUUCUUCCGAGUGUAAAUAAUUUCAUUAAUUUAAUGGAAAAGGAAGAUCUAGUAACUAUCUCUGAUUUAAAUUUAUCGGAUUUAAAUAAAGUUUUAACGAAAUUAGAAUCGAAUGUAAGUUUCUUGAAUUUAGACUCGACUGUUGAUCUAUUGACUUUAGAAUCAAAUGUCGAUCCAUUGAAAUUAAAUUCAAGUAUUGAUCUAUCAAAGUUAGACACGAGUUUGGAUUUACUUAAUGUUGAUUCAAAUUUAGAUUUAUUUAAUUUAUAUCCAAAUUUUGAUCUUUCGAAUUUGGAAAUGAAUCUAGAUCUAUCGCAUUGCGAUUUAAAUGUAAAUCUCUUGGAUUUUGAUUUGAAUUCAACGAUUUUAAACUCAAAUGUAAAUUUAACGAAUUUAGAGACAUCUAAUUUACCUAAAAAUAAUACAAGUGCGCGGGAAAUUAAUUCCGAGCUCAAUGAAAUGAUUAGUAAGCAUAUGGAAUUUCUCAACUAUCUAAAGAAUAUACGAACGGAAGUAUUUGUCUCAGCGACGAUACAUUUAUGUCACAUGAAAACGAGUCUCGCGACUGAAGUUUGGAAAGAAAUUUUCCCAAAAAUUUGGACAGGACAAGUUGAUGUAUUAUCAUUUAUAUGUGAUAAAAUUCAUUUUGUUCAAAAAGAUUGUCAAUCAAGCGCAAUGAUCACAUUUUGCGAAGCUUUAGUUGAUUGUAAACCAAAAAUUUUAAUAAGGCCAAAAAUUAUGAAUUAUCUUGGAAAAACUUACAAUCUUUGGCAUCAGAUGACACUUAAUUUGGAACAAAUGAUUAAGGAGAAUCAGUUUCAUCAGGAGAAUUUUGAUUAUUUUAAUUUCGAUGAAUCGGAGACAAAUUCAAUUCAACAGGAAAUUCUUGAUUCUCUCGCCGAUAUGUAUAAUCGAUUAGGUGAAGAUGAUAUGUGGUCAGGUCUUUGGAAGAAACACACUUUCUUUAAGGAAACACUUGAUGCGACUGCUUUUGAGCAACAAGGAUUUUUGGAUAAAGCUCAAGAAACAUACAACAUGGCUGUGGGAAAAUUUAGAGGAGAUGAUUUUACAUUUACGAGGCAAAUGAAAAAUGAAUCAAAUCGAUGGGAAAAACGAUGGAUUCAUUGUGCAAAAGAACUCAAUCAAUGGGAUUUACUUUUAAAUAGUGGUAUGAAAAAUGCUAUCAAUGAUGCAAUGUUUAUUCUUGAAAUAUGUUUCCAAACUUCCAAUUGGUCUACAAUGAAGGAAUAUCUAGAUCAUCUUAAUGAAAUUCCAUCUGAUCAACAUUGGAAAAUUGAUCUUUAUCGAGGUUAUUUGUCUAUUUAUGGUGAUGAAAAAAAUUUGCAAUUCAUUGAUGAUUAUGCAAUUAAUGCAACGAAAUUGUGUAUUCACGAGUGGCGUAAACUUCCAUAUAUUGUUGGUGGUGCACAUCUUCCACUUCUUCAGGCAGCUGAAAAGAUCAUCGAUCUAAAUGAGGCGAAAUUUAUUCAUCAGAAUUUAGAAGUUAAUCGACUUGUCAAUUUAAAGAAAAUUAUUAACACUUGGACACAUCGAUUGCCAACAAUUGCUGAUGAUCUCAGUCAUUGGUCAAAUAUCUUAACUUGGAGGGAAUAUCAAUACAAGUCGGUGAUUGAUUUCUCUUAUUUGCUUGCUGAGGAAAAUAUUUCUAAAAAUUAUAUUCACACUUGGGCACAGUCUGUCAAUACUUUUAGUAAAAUAGCUAGAAAACAAAAUCUUUCAUCAGUUGCUCUUGAUUCACUAACAAGGAUCCAUAAAGUUAAAAGUGUAUCGAUUGUUGAUUGUUUUGAGAGAAUUAAACAACAGGUGAAAUGUUAUUUGAAAAUGUAUUCAAUGGGUGAAAUGAAUCGUUUACAAAAUGCUCUUGUCUGUAUGGAAUCAACUGAAACUCAAUAUUUUAAAAAAGAAAUAAUCUCGGAUUUUCAUUCGCUGAAAGGAAAAUUGUACACUUUACUUGGCGAAUCGAAUGAGGCAAAUAAAGUAUUUUCUUUUUCAAUUGAAAAGAACGAGAAAAAUGCCAAAGCCUGGGGACUUUGGGGUGAAUAUUUUGAAAAUGUUUUUCAAACAGAUACAAGUAAAAUUGAAUAUACAAAAACAGCUGUGUCUUGUUUCUUAAAUGCCAUCAAAUAUUCAUCAUCAGAAAGUAAAUGCAGAAAAUAUAUUGCAAAAAUUCUUUGGUUUUUUAAUUAUGAUGAUGAGGGAAUGAAUUUAUUUAAAUUAGUCAAUGAACACGCAAUGGAAAUCUAUCCAAUUCAUUGGGUCUCAUGGAUACCGCAAUUAUUAAAAUGGCUAAUUCGUCCUCCUGGUGGUGAGAUUCUUGAUUUAUUGAAUGUCAUCAGCAAAAUGUUUCCACAAGCAAUGUACUCGCAAGUUAGGACACUUUAUGUAAAACUUCGAUUUAAAAAGCUUAAGGUUAAUAAAAAGAAAAUUAUUCCAUUAAAUGAAAAUGACGAGAAACAUCGUUUUGAUGAUAAAGUUUUGGAAUCAAUGCUCAAAUGUUCGAGAAUUAUGAGAAAACUCAUAAUCAUUCAUCCAAAAUUAAUUUCGUAUUUGGAAAGAACUUUUGAUCAAAUUACCAAGCUUAGGGAAAAUUGGUUACAUGAAAUAUUAAAACAGAUGCAGGAAAUUUUAAUGAUAAGUUAUCGUGUUGCUUUUGAUAAUAAGGAGAAUAUCAGUGAGGCUAGAGUUACAUCACAAAUAUUAACUAUUCUUCGAAAAUUGAUAGCAAAUGUUCGUGUUGAAGUAGGAAAAAUUGCAAAUCACUGCAAUAUAAAUGCUAGACAAAAUCCAAUUUUUUUCAAAUUGAAUAAAGAAUUCGAGCAGGAUUUCAAUCUUGUUAAUAAAAGUGACAAAUUAAUACUGAAUUUGAUUAAACGAUUGAAAAAAUGGAUUGUUAUUUUGGAAAAUGGCACUAAAUCUUCAUUAAGAUCCUUUCUACUUGAGAAAAAGUGUCACAACUUGGCCAAUUUUAACUUUGAAAUUGCAAAAAUAGGACUUCCUGGCUCUACUCUUUUACCAAAGUUUUCACAUUAUCAUGUGACAAUUGUGAAAUUCCUGCCUUGGGUAGAUGUGAUUAGACACAAAUUCUCAAUAGCUCAUCGAAUUUGGAUUUUGGGCAAUGAUGGAAAACUCUAUCCUUAUUUGAUAGUGAAAAAUGAUCAUUUUGCCGAUGACAACAAUUGCAGAGUUUUGCAACUUUUAGAAAUGUUGAAUUUAAAUUUAAAAAAGCAAAAAGAAACUUGCCGACGUUUUUUGCAGUUUACGAUUCAAAAAAUGAUACCAUUACAUCCACAAAUACAAUUGAUUGAAGACAAUCCAAAUGCAAUUAAUUUUAUGGAAAUUUUUAAACAGAGCUGUGAUAAGAAGAGAAUAUUACAUUAUGAUCCAAUUUCAAAAUAUUAUGAUUUAAUUUUAAGUGUUGAAGCAAGAUGUGCUGGUCUCAAUAGAGAAAAUUUAAAGUCAAUUUUUAAUGAAGUGCAAAAAAAUCUUGUUCCAAAGACAAUUCUCAAAGAUUGGGCUGUGAUGACUUUUCCAAGUUCUACUGAUUAUUGGACAUUUAGGAAAAUGUUUAUAUCGCAAAUUUCAGUAAUUAUUUUCUCACAAUACGUCUUUCACUUAACAAAACUACAUCCUGAUAUGAUGAAUUUGAAUCUUGACACUGGAUUAAUAAACGUCAAUUAUUUUACAUUUGAUCUUGGUCAAAUCUCUGGGAAUCUUAAUGCGAACGAACUAGUUCCAUUCCGUUUAACACCAAAUAUUGCAGAAUUCGUAACUGAUAUUGGCAUAUCAGGUCCUUUGACGGAAAAUUUAAUAGCCAGUUCACGUUGUUUGGCUCAACCUUCAUAUCAAAUCAAAUCCAUUCUUCAUGCAAUAAUUAGAGAUGAAUUUAUUGAUGAUCAUAUCAAUCAACAGGACGACAAAACAUUUGUGGAGAAAAAUAAAGAAAUAAUACGACGAGUGACUAAAAUUGUCACAAGUAUUUCGACAAGAUUGAAUUCCCUUGGUCAUUUUAGUGGAAUUGACAGUAAUGUAAGAAAUCUUUUAAAUAGUUCUAGGAAUAUUGAUAAUCUUUGCCAAAUGGAUCCAUCAUGGUAUCCAUGGCUUUAAAUUGAAUAGAAAUUAUUUAUUGAACUCCAUUUACAAAUUGAAAAAUUAGAUGAAAAAUUAAAUCUAUAUUUAAAGUUAAUUGAAAAUUAUUUAUCGAUAGUUAUUCGAUAGAAUUAGUUAAAACAGUUGAAUUUUAAUUAUUUUACAAUGAGAUAAACAUAUUAUCUUUAAAGAUUUUAAUUUUAUAUAUAAAAUUAUGAGAUUGACGGAGAAAUUAAUUUUUUACUCAGGAAUGUGCCAAAUACAAUAUUUUUUUACUAAUGUUAUAGAAAAAGACCAAAAACUCCUCAAGAAUUUUUGUGAUAUUAAAAACUCUUCGAUUACACUUUUAUUUAAUAUAUAAAUAUAAAAUAAAAGUAAGGUGGAAUAUUAUAUGAAAAAAAAUAUUUGCCUUACAUUAGAAUA